UCGACUUUCGCAGCGUGUCAAUUGCUUUCUAGUCUUUCGAAGGGGAUGCGCUUGUGACCGAUUGCUCAACCAUCGACUCAUACUACCCGGACCAUGUCAUCGUCAACAAUGCUGGGUUCCCUGAUUCCGGCGCGCUGGAGAGGCUUUUACAGCCCCCAGGACCCGGCCAAACCAGGUCCCUACAGCAAGCACAUCACGCCUCUGCUGCAGAGCAUCACCCGCCGAACCUGCACUCACCCCAUCCACUCGAUUGUCUUUUGCGCCCUGAUCGCCAGCACCACCUACAUCGGUCUGCUGGAGACUGGCUUGUUCGAGCCGUCAACAAACUCCAACAGCAAUCAGGUCGACUUCUCUGCCUUGUCCCAGGGCAGCCGUACUCUGAAUGUCGGCCCCGAGACUUCCUGGGAGUGGCAGUCAGAUGCCGUCUCAAACAGCGCACAAGCAGAGCACCUCUCCCUGAUCACCCUUGCCUUCGCCGAUUCUUAUGCCGACGCACCCUCUGUUGUCAUCCCGAAAGAUAGCUCAGCCGAGCUGCUCCCUUCCUCAGCUAGCCGUCUGUCUUUGUCCCAGGACGAGACUCUUGCCUUCUCGCUUCCUUCAGACGAGACUCCCGCCUUUUUGGCCUCGAUCAAGGAGAUUCCCGCUCAAGAAACCGCCCAGGAUGACGACGAGCAAAAGAGAUGGAUCAUGAGAGCAGCCAGAGGUUCGGCACGUCGUUUUUCUCUGCGUGAAUGGGCUCGCAACUCGUGGAUUGCCUUCACAGACUUGAUCCGUAACGCCGAGACUCUCGACAUCAUCAUCAUGGCUUUGGGUUACCUCUCGAUGCACCUGACUUUUGCUUCGCUCUUCGUCUCGAUGCGUCGCAUGGGCUCCAACGCGUGGUUGGCGACCAGUGUUCUGUUCUCCUCAGCCUUUGCUCUUCUUUUCGGCCUUGUUGUCACCAUGAAGUUGGGCGUCCCUGUCAAUGUUGUUCUUCUCUCCGAGGGUCUUCCUUUCCUGGUUGUUACUGUCGGCUUUGAGAAGCCCAUCAUGCUCACACAGGCAGUCCUGUCGGCCGCUCUCAAUCCUCCCAGACGCGAGAAUGGUGACCAAGCUCCUCUAACCAUUCAAAAUGCCGUGCAAAUCGCUGUUCACGAGCGUGGAUGGGGCAUCGUUCGCGACUACAUGGUCGAGAUCACUCUUCUGAUUGCCGGCGCCAUGUCCGGUAUCCAGGGCGGUCUCCGCCAAUUCUGUUUCUUGGCUGCAUGGGUCUUGUUCUUCGACUGCAUUCUUCUCUUCACCUUCUACACUGCUGUUCUCACCAUCAAGCUCGAAGUCAACCGUAUCAAGCGCCAUGUUGCUUUGCGCAAGGCUCUCGAAGAAGACGGUGUUAGCCGCUCCGUCGCCGAAAAUGUCGCUGCCAGUAACGAUGGUCUGAAGCCUGACGCUGUCAACGGCGAAACUUCAAUCUUUGGCCGCAAGGUCCGCGACAGCAGCAUUCCCAGAUUCAAGGUCUUGAUGGUCUCUGGUUUCAUCAUAAUUAAUGUUCUCAACUUCUGCACAAUCCCCUUCCGCACUGGCGCCGCAAACAACUCGCCCUCGCUCUCUAGCUCUAUGGACCCCUUCAAGGUUGCAGGAAACGCGCUCGACCACAUUUUGGCCCAGGCCAAGGUUCGCAACCAGUCGACCGCCGUCACUGUUCUGUCUCCUAUCAAGUACGAGCUUCAAUAUCCUUCUGUGCACUACUCUUCCGAUAGGCCUGAUUGGUCUCUAUUUGACGGUCCUUACGCCGACGGCAUCUUCUCCAGUAUGGGUGGAAGAGUUGUCGAAGGCGUUCUCAAGAGCUUUGAAGACCCUGUCCUGAGCAAGUGGAUCAUCAUCGCUCUUGCAGUGAGUUUGGUUCUGAACGGCUACCUGUUCAACGCUGCACGUUGGAGCAUUAAGGAACCUGACCACAGCGAGUCCACUACUGGUGCUAUCAAGGCCGCCCCUCUGCCUGCUCUUCCAGAGUAUGACCCGAAUAUGAACAUUGAUGCCUCGGGUAAUGAAAAUGGACACGCCGUGAACACUGCAGUCCAGAAGCGCUCUAAGGAAGAGUGUGAACUUUUGCUUGCUGAGAAGAGAACUUCUGAGUUGAACGACGAGGAACUCACCGAAUUGGCUUUGCGCAACAAGAUCCCUGGAUACGCUCUUGAAAAGACCCUCGGCGACAAGACUCGCGCCGUCAAGAUCCGUCGCUCCCUUAUCUCUCGCACUCCUGCCACCAAACACGUCACUGGCGCUCUUGAACGCUCCAAGCUUCCUUACCUGAGCUACGAUUACGAUCGUGUCUUUGGAGCUUGCUGUGAAAACGUUGUUGGUUACAUGCCCCUUCCUCUUGGCGUUGCUGGUCCCAUCGACAUUGACGGACGUAGCUACUACCUCCCCAUGGCUACAACUGAGGGUGUACUUGUCGCAAGUACCAGCAGAGGUGCCAAGGCUAUCAAUGCCGGAGGUGGUGCUGUGACUGUUCUCACUGGCGACGGUAUGACUCGUGGACCUUGUGUCGGUUUCGAGACUCUUGCUCGUGCUGCCGAAGCCAAGGUUUGGUUAGACUCAGAGGCUGGUGAAAAGACCAUGAAGGACGCGUUCAACUCGACUUCCAGAUUCGCCAGACUGCAACAUCUCAAGGCCGCCCUUGCAGGCACCUACCUCUACAUUCGCUUCAAGACAACUACCGGUGACGCCAUGGGCAUGAACAUGAUUUCCAAGGGUGUUGAGCAAGCGCUCAGCGUCAUGAAGGAGAGCGGUUUCGAAGACAUGGCCAUCAUUUCUGUGUCAGGCAACUACUGCACAGACAAGAAGCCUGCGGCUAUCAACUGGAUUGAUGGACGUGGUAAGAGUGUUGUUGCCGAGGCCAUCAUCCCUGGUGAUGUCGUCCGUUCCGUUCUCAAGAGCGACGUCGACGCUCUCGUCGAGCUCAACAUUUCCAAGAACCUGAUCGGUAGUGCUAUGGCAGGCAGUAUUGGUGGCUUCAACGCACACGCUGCCAACAUUGUCACCGCCAUUUUCCUCGCCACUGGCCAGGAUCCUGCUCAGAACGUCGAGAGCAGCAACUGUAUCACUGUAAUGAAGAACCUUCGUGGUAACCUCCAAAUCUCAGUUUCUAUGCCUUGUAUUGAAGUCGGUACAAUUGGAGGUGGUACUGUUCUAGAGCCGCAGGCGGCUAUGCUCGACCUUCUCGGUGUCCGUGGUGCCCAUCCUACAAGCCCUGGCAACAACGCCCGUCAGCUCGCGCGUAUCGUGGCCGCUGGUGUCCUUGCUGGCGAGCUAUCUCUCUGCGCAGCACUUGCCGCCGGUCACCUUGUCAAGGCCCACAUGUCGCACAACCGUUCUGCCGCACCUUCAGCCGCACCCAGCAGAGUCCAGAGCCCCAGCCCUUCACAAGGCAAGCCGUUGCCUCAAGGGUUGACCAUGACCGGCAUGGCAUCCAAGAGAUGAUGAUUUGAUCUGACAAUCCUUCUUCCAAGCCAUUUGGCAACAUCUUAUGGGGACCUUCAUUUUCAUCAUCCUCUAACCCCCUUUCAGAUUUAUUGUUUUGAGCCCUUUUUUGUUGAACCAAGAUACACCCUUACGCUUCGGUCACGCCCACAUGAGAGUUGAGGAGUAGAGAAUAAAGAGUCAUGUUAUUUACCAUGACCAGGAAUUAGGAAAGAAAGCAUGCGCAUAGCAAAAGAUGGCGUUUAUACAUGAUUGUUUGGGU